AUGUCGUUCAGUAUCCGCAACACCAUCGCCCUGGGCGCCUUCUCCGCCCUCGCUGCUGCGCAAACCGUGCCCCCGAAGCUCGACGCAACUUGUGCCGAUGUGGUCAUAUUCAUGGCUCGUGGCAACGACGCCCCAUACCAUGACGGUCGCACUUUCCCCUUCGUCGAGGCCACCUGCGGCAAGUUGACUGCUCAGGGCAAGAGCUGCGACUACAUUGACAUCCAGUUUGAUGUAACCCUUGGUGGAGACUACUGUAACCAAGUUGCUGAGGGCGCUCGCAAUGGUAUCUCUCAGAUCACCGCCUUCAACGAGAAGUGCCCUUGCUCGCACAUUGUGGUGAAUGGGUACUCUGAGGGAGCUCACGUGGCCGGAGAUGUGUUUGGAGGACCGGGUGGAUGCACGUUCGUCUCGACCGGCCUAGACAACAACUCUGCUGCAGGCAAAGCGGUCGCCGCGGCUCUCCUCUGGGGAGACGUGAUGCAUACCGCCAACCAGCCCUACAAUGUGCUUGACGGUGCCGACAAGCAGUCUAACGGGCGUAAGCCGGAGGAUCUCGCUCGCCUCAAUCGCUACGCACCCGUCCUUCGCUCCUACUGUGCUGCCGGCGACCCAGUCUGCGCCGGCGGAAACAUUGUAGCCGACCACUUGAACUACUUUGAGCUCUACACCGACGAUGCUUCUUCCUGGGUCGCCUCCAAGAUCGACAGCGUCGCACCUCUGGCGUCGUGCGGUGCCACCAGCUCGUCAUCCUCUGCUGCCGCCUCUUCCGCUACCAGUGCGGCCGUCACCCAGUCUUCUGCCGUCGUUCCUACCUCGUCUGCCGUGGCCACUGCGUCUGCUACACCUACUAAGGCUGAGUCUUCUGCUGCUGAGACGCCUUGCUCAACCUCUCCGGCAAUGGUUUCUCCCUUCCCCGAGCCUGUCCCCUACAAGCCCGAUGCCUGCGUCCUUGAAGUUCACGUAGAGUAUGCCUACGUAUAG